AUGUCCGUUGAUACAUCUGGUUUCUCAUUAUCGUCCCGGAUAGCAUCGCUGGUUCAUGCACAUUUCGAUGCUCUGCCAACGCGCAGCAAACCAACCAUAUUUCCAGAUGGAUCGAGGGAAUGGAUUCCAAUGACCGGUAUUGUGGUCGUCAAAGGAGAAAACACACCUUUGGAAAGUCUAACUUGCAUAUCUGUCACGAGUGGCGCUAAAUGCUUGUCGGCAUCUCAUAUCCCACGGUGCAGGGGUCUUGUGCUGCAUGACUGUCAUGCCGAGAUAUUGGCCAUCCGAGCAUUUAAUUAUUGGCUUUUGACAGAAUGCAACAGUGUUCUAUCCCGGGAAAAGCAAUUACCGAAUGGCCAUGAUACUUCUACCCCCGAUAACGAAAAAGUCCUGGAUUCUCCAUUCAUACAAAGGAGAAGAAUUGAAGAGGAUGAAGAUGGUUUUGGAACAUCGCCCACAGAGUGGCCGCCUUUUGAGAUUCGGCCUGAUAUCAAGGUUUACAUGUAUUGCACAUGUGCACCUUGCGGAGAUGCAAGCAUGGAGCUCUGUAUGGCAGCCCAAGAAGAUGCGACACCCUGGGAAGUCUUACAGAAAGAAGUUUCUUUGCCAAAACCCCAAGACGCAGAAGUCCCAGGUACGGAGACCCUUCUAGAUGGCCGGGCCCACUUCUCUCUUCUCGGAGUCGUGCGUCGAAAGCCAGCGCGCAUGGAUGCCGAGUCCACGCGCAGCAAGUCCUGCUCAGACAAGCUUGCAUUGCGGCAGGUCUCCUCCUUGCUGUCCUGUGAGACCAGUCGCCUCGUUGCUCCCACCGAAAAUGCCUAUCUGGCAGGUCUGAUUCUUCCCGAGGACGAAAUCAGCCAAGUUGGCUGUGACCGCUCCUUUAGCGAGGACGGUCGAAUGCAAGCUUUGGGUGGGCGAUAUUGGCCUAUGGAGACAAAGUUUAAAGAAAGAACGCCAGGGUAUCGAUUCCGGCCAUUCCAGGUUCUUUCGGUGCCGAGUGAAGAAGUGGCAGCGCUUUGGCCCUUUGCGAAACCGAAAUCCGUGCCGUGUCCUGCAAUUCCAUUGGAGCAGGAAGGAGACCCUUUGAUGUCUGGUGCAAAAGUUAGAAAGACCAGGCCAGGGAAUGUGAGCGCCAUUUGGAUAUUGGCUCCCUCGUAUAAGCGCCCAUCGGCAAUGACUAUGGAUACCGGCAGCAAGUCAGUGCCAACUCUUUGCUGUUCCAAAACAGGCUUAUAUGAGACUAUCAUCAAUGGAGUGAAGCAAGGAAACCGGGCAUCCUCACCGGGUGCCCGUGGGGCCUCAUCUCUAUCCCGAGCUAAGCUUUGGGCUCUUCUUCGCGAAAUUUCGCCUGCCUCGAUUCCACAUACCUAUCAACCCGACGUGUCCCCAACCGGAUCGCUGUCGGGUACUCCAAAUGCCGAAAACCCACAUGUCAAUACAGUUCAGCACCAUAUACCAGAUAUAACCACCUACCAGGAUUUCAAAAAUCCUAGCAGCUUGAAAGACCCGUUGCAAAUCCGUAUGCAGGCCAUCAGGGAUGCUAAACUGGUUCUCAAGGGAUGGAUAGCUAAUUCAGGAGAUGAAUAUUGGGGCUUGGAUGUUUUGGUUGACCCCAAAAAGCGAAAGCGCUGA